AUGACGGCGCAGAACCCGCCCGAGAUGACGGUGGAGGAGCGCUACGCGCUGGUGCGCUCCGUCGGCGAGGAGUGCAUUCAGGAGAACGAGCUUUUAAACCUCAUCGCCAAGAAGCCGAACAUCCGCUGCUACGACGGGUUUGAGCCCUCCGGGCGCAUGCACAUUGCCCAAGGAGUGUUCAAAGCCGUGAACGUCAACAAGUGCACCCAAGGCGGAUGCGAGUUUGUGUUUUGGGUGGCCGACUGGUUUGCGCUGAUGAACGACAAAAUGGGUGGGGAGCUGGAAAAGAUCCGCAUCGUUGGCGAGUAUCUGAUCGAGGUCUGGAAGGCGGCCGGGAUGAGCAUGGAGAAGGUGGUUUUCCUCUGGAGCAGCAACGAGAUCACGCGGAACGCAAACGUGUACUGGAAGACGGUGCUUGACAUCGCCCGCAAAAACACCAUAGCCCGCAUCAAGAAGUGCUGUACGAUCAUGGGAAAGCAGGAGGGCACAUUGACGGCGGCGCAGAUUCUCUAUCCCCUGAUGCAGUGCGCCGACAUCUUUUUCCUCAAGGCAGACAUCUGCCAGCUUGGGCUGGACCAGCGCAAGGUGAACAUGCUGGCGCGAGAGUACUGUGACCUCACGGGACGCAAACUGAAGCCGGUGAUUCUGUCGCACCACAUGCUCUGCGGCCUCAAAGAGGGCCAGCCGAAGAUGAGCAAAAGCGAUCCGGACAGCGCCAUCUUCAUGGAGGACACGCGGGAGGACGUGGAGCGUAAGAUUCGCCACGCCUACUGCCCACGCGCAAGGCAGACAAGGGCGGAGGUUUCCGAGGAUGGGGCUCCGGUGUCGGAUGAGGACAAAAACCCGGUGCUGGACUACUACCAGCAUGUCAUUUACUCCCGCCCGGGCGCGACGACGACUGUGAACGGCACGGUUUACAAGACGUACGAGGAGCUUGAGGCGGCCUUCGUUGACGGCGCAGUCGCGGAGGACUCGCUGAAGGACACACUCGCCUUGGAACUGAAUGCCUUACUGGAACCCGUGCGUCAGCACUUUGCGCGUGACCCGCAUGCGGCGGAGCUCCUGGAAACGGUCAAGUCCUUCCGCAAAGGCGGCACAGCCGUGCCAUUGGCAGAGGUCGCUCCACUGGAACAGUCGGCAACGCCGUUGGCGGUUGUGUGGCUGCCAGCAUUGACAAAACUGCCUGUGGAUGCCGCGGUCGCCAUGUCAGACGCGAUCGACACGUUUCUCGGGCAGCACCCCAACGGCGAGGUCGUGCUUCUGCUGCCGGAGUGGACUGCGUUUUCGUGCGGGGAGGUGGCGGGGGAGGAGAAAAACAUCAACGCCGCGCUCGAGCUGAACCUGGCGCUCCUGCAGUCGACGUACUUGAGGAAGGACGGCGUCCGCGUCGUGCGUCAGAGCCAGCUCAUCCUGGACAAUCCGAACGACUACUGGGUGGCGGCGAUUAACGCGGGUCGCCGCAACUUGCUGCAGUCCCUGAUGGACGCCUGCGGGGACUUCAGGAGCGCCGGCCACCUGGUCGCGGCCCUCAUGUACGUGGCGGAUGUGGCCAUGCUGCGUGCCACUCACGUGAUCUCCGCCUCUCACGAGCGCGGCUACCACGAGGUUGUGACGAAGUUUUUUGAGGGGCGUGUCACGGCGAUCCCCACAAGGGAAGGAAACGUCCCGCCGCUGCACCGCCCGGAGGCGUCGGUUGCAGGCGCCGACGACGUCCUCUUCCUCGACGACACCGACAUGGACGUGCGGCGCAAGAUCAAAAAGGCGUACUGCGCGCCAAACGAGGCGGCGAACCCGGUGCUUUCCGUCGCAGCGUGGCUGUUGCGUGGGCGCGGCGCGCUGGCAGUGGAGCGGGCGGCGGGGAAUGGGGGCAACGUGACGUACACGGACGAGGCGCGGCUGCGCGACGACGCACAGUCCGGCGCGCUGCACCCGGCGGACCUCAAGGCGGCCGUCACGAAGCCGCUGCUGGAGGGCUGCGCGCGGUCCAAGGCGGUGCUCGCAAGUGCGGAGGGCAAGAAACUUUCACAAACGCUGCGGCAGGCCGAGAAGAAACUCGCGAAGAAGUAA